AUGGACCGCCGCUACUACCACCGAACCCCACCGACUCGAUACAACACCCGUGAAGAAUUAUUCCAAUUCCGCCGUGAACAACGAAGACAACAAGAAGAACUAGAAUAUGCAAAUCUCAACCCAUUUUUUCAACGUAUGCUACCAGGACCAUCAAUUAACAUCACACCGACAAGAACACCACAAACGAAUGCGGAACGGUUUACAAGGGCUCGAAGAAGGCCAACAAAUCCAAUAGAAAGGGAAAGGAAUCAGUAUGAGAGACAUUUGUUGAGAAAUGAAGGAGGAGGUCGUAGUACUCCAAGAAGGUCUCCAAGGAAAUCGGCUCCGUCAACAGUGCCAGUGACACCGGUUAAGAAGAAAAAGACGCUAGAAGUGAAUAUUGAGAGGCACUCCAAAAUCUCAUCUCUCUUCCCACUGGACCCUCCAACCCCCUUUGAAUCCGAAGAAGAAACCCCUACACCUUCCCGUCAGCACACCCCAUCUCCUCCAAGAUCUCCAGUACCAGAACCCAAAGAAUACUAUCCAAGGAAUCGACCGAAUACUCCAGAAGAUGGAAUUCCAAAAGAAUGGGAUGGUUUGGCAGAAGAUGCUAUAACUCAAGGACUUAGUUGGGCUCUUUCCUGGGUUGAUCAUUUGAAACCAUCUAGAUUGGAAGUUGAGGAACGAAUCAAAUUGCCACGUUUCUGGUAUAAUGUUCCCAGAAGGACUAUGAUGUGUCUUGUGGCUCAUAGGAAUGUGGAUGAAACCAUUUUUCAUACAGUAGAGGUUAAGGAAAAAUCUGAGAUGGGUCUCCGAACAGCUCUCUCCGAAUUCGUCAAGCAACCUCCGCCCACGCAUCGAAUUCGCCUAAAAGUGUCAAAACACGCAGAAGUGGCUCUCCACCAAAAAAUCGUCGAUCGAUUCGAGGAUGUUGAAUAUUUUCGAUUGGAUACAAAAUAUCCGAAUCUUUGGAUUUUACACCAAAUUGUGAAUUUUGCACCCAAAUAUGAUAGACCGCCUGUGAAACCAGUUACGGCUAAUUUUGAAAUCGCCAAGAAGCGAAGGAAUUUUUUUUGA